UGUGGAGGACGGAUCAUAGGGCAGUUGGGAGGCUUGCCACAGCUCAGCACCCUCAUCACGUGUGUGGAGUCUGGCAUUCUCCGAGUCUGGCGUGAUGAUGACAAGGAGGCAUUCUCUGACCCACUCCUGGACCUUAGAGUGGGCCCUGGGGUGUGUAGGAUGCGCCAAGAUCCAACGCACCUCCACGUGGUUGCCACGGGUGGGAAGGAGAAUGCUUUGAAGGUGUGGGACCUGCAGGGGUCUGAGGAGCCUGUGUUCAAGGCCAAGAAUGUUCGGAAUGACUGGCUUGACCUGCGGGUUCCCAUCUGGGACCAAGACAUACAGUUCCUCCCCGAGUCUCAGAAGCUUGUCACCUGCACAGGGUACCACCAGGUGAGGCACCACCCCAUUCCUACUUCCUCCUGGGCUUGAGCAGUCUCCUAGAGAAACAGCCUCACUGUGCAGGCCUGCCCCCAUUUCUGGGCA